AUGGUUUUUCGCAGCCUUCUUGAUAGACUAUGGAAGAAAUUGGGGGGAUGGAAGGAGAAAUUGUUGUCUAGAGCAGGGAAGGAAGUGUUAUUAAAGGCGGUGAUUCAGGCAAUUCCUACAUAUCUCAUGGGUGUGUACAAGUUUCCAGUGGAUGCUAUUAGUUCAGCUAUGGCUCGAUUUUGGUGGGGUGGCAAGGGGGAAGCGAGAGGUAUGCAUUGGCUGAGCUGGGAGAAACUUUGUAAACCAAAGUGUAUGGGAGGUAUGGGUUUUAAAGAUCUUGCUGUGUUUAAUGAUGCCCUUCUCGGUCGACAAGUUUGGCGCCUUAUCCAUUUCCAUGUCUCUCUCCUAAGCCGUGUCAUGAAAGCGAAAUAUUAUCCUAAUUGUGAUGUGCUCUUUGCAAGCUUGGGGCAUUCUAACAGCUUUUCAUGGCGAAGUAUAUGA